UAGUUUGUUUUUUGUCUUUUUGGGAGCUGACACAGUCUCUAUGGAGAUGGGUUUUUCAGUCCAGCUCAUCCUUGACCUUCUCCAUCUCUUAGAAAGGUUAUGACCACCCGUAACCUCCCUCAAAGCAGGAUGUCUGGAGAUCUUCCAGUCUACAAUGGGUCCACCGUGAAGGUGCAAUAACAAGGGGUCCACUUGUGAUAGCAUUCUACAUGCAUGAAUACAACUGGUGAACACUAAAGUGAGGAAAUAAUAGCACUAUUACUAAUGUGAAAAUUGAUUAAUACAUAAGAAAAGAAAUCUGCCACCACAUCAUGAAUAACAUACCGCUGGUAAAUACAGACAGAAAUGAACAACUACAAGAUUAAGUCUGCAUGGCCCACAAGCUCAUGCGACCCUAGGAUGUUGCUGUCAUCUUCCUGCUCCUGAAAAACAUGCAUACAUCCACCCUUUUCCUUGUGUGGGUGGAGAAGUUGCAAUCUUGCAUAUCAGUGUAAAGUCAGUCAAACAUUUGUCCCCAUUAUCAGUCCAGUCAGUCUCUAUAUCUUUAUUGCUGAUAGCAGAACUUCUUAUUUCGAAUUAAGUUUCUACAGCUAGCUUGUUGUUUCAUUAACAUUAAAAAAGAAAGAAGUCUCUAUCGUAGUCAGGCACAGCUAACUCCUGUUUGCGAGUUAACUUAGCCAACCACACUGUUUGUUGUUAACAGGUACCCCCUCAUGAUGUGUGCCACUUCCUAUCUGAUUUUUGCUCCCCCUAUAUGGAGGAAUACAAUAGCCACACACUUCAAAAACCGAAUUCUGUGCUUCGAUAAUGAAUUGUAGAAUAAAUUCUGCAUUUGUAAAGUCACUUUUGAAUUCCACAUUAGCAAAGAGAUUUUUGAAAUGUUUUAUGAGGUGCUUGGAAAUGUUGUAGGUGGCUGAGUUUAUAUUGCUACCAAUGAGUCUGAGCGGGACUCCUUUGUGGAACUAUGGAAGUCUGUAUAUACAGGGUGUAGCAUCCCCUGGGUAAAGGCGGUGACAUACAGGACAGUCAGUGACUUUUAUCCUUUCAGGUGCUUGUAGGGCCUACAAGCACCUGAAAAGGAAAAAGUCAUCAAGAAAAAGUCAUCAAUUGCCUACAAUGACUUUCUUUUUAUAGCUGCUUCUGGGCUUUCACCUUGAAGUUUCAUAGGUAUUGUUGUCACUAAGGAGUGUAGUAAUGUUUAUUUGCUCUGCUUCUUUUUUAUCAGGAAUAAAAUAAAUAUAUAUACUUUUUUGUGCCCCAGCUGAGUAACAGCAGAAGAGUCUGGUGGAGCAGCAGAGGAACAAUUUCAGCCAUUUGGACUCAGCUCAGCCACUACAGAGGAAACAAUGACUUCAACACAAAAGGACCAACAUGGAGCAAGAAGUCAGCGCUCUCAGGAGGCCGACAAACCUCACAGAAGAAAGGGAGAGAAAACAUACAGCUGUGAUGAGUGUGGGAAGGAUUUUACCCGGGCUGAAAGCCUAAAAAGACACCGACUCAUCCACAGUGGAGUUAAAGCUUACAGCUGUGACUUGUGUGGAAAGUCUUUUACCCUGGCUGGAAGCUUAAAAGCACACCAAUUCAUCCACAGUGGAUUUAAACCUUACAGCUGUGACUUGUGUGGAAAGUCUUUUACCCGGGCUGGACACUUAAAAAAUCACCAACUCAUCCACAGUGGAGUUAAACCUUACAGCUGUGAUUUGUGUGGAAAGUAUUUUACCCAGGCUGGAGACUUAAAAAAACAUCAACUCAUCCACAGUGGAGUUAAAGCGUACAGCUGUGACUUGUGUAGAAAGUCUUUUACCCAGGCUGGAAGCUUAAAAAGACACCAACUCCUCCACAGUGGAGUUAAACCUUACAGCUGCGACUUGUGUGGAAAUUAUUUUACCCAGGCUGGAAGCUUAAAAACACACCACUUAAUCCACAGUGGAUUUAAACCUUACAGCUGUGACUUGUGUGGAAAGUCUUUUACCAAGGCUGGAGACUUAAAAAUACACCAACUCAUCCACAGUGGAGUUAAACCUUACAGCUGUAAGUUGUGUGGAAAGUCUUUUGCUCGAAAUAGCAACUUACAGAAGCAUCUAGUUACCCACUCUGGAAUUAAGGCGUACAGCUGUGACUUUUGUGGCAAAAGUUUCACCGACAAACGGUACCGAAAUAUUCACCUACGGAUUCACACUGGAAAUGAUGUUUACUUCUGUGAUCAGUGUGGGAAACUGUUUGCAACAGAUGCACAGUUACAACAACACAUGUUUACCCACACUGAGGAGAGACCUUAUAAAUGUGACCUGUGUGAGAAGACGUUUAAAUCUCCACAUCAGCUGAAAAAACACCAACAGAUCCACUCCUGAAAGUAACUCUACAAGUGCAGUUACUGUGAGGAUGCAGCAGCAGACUGAACCUCGACUGAAACCUGCUCCAUCAUCUCAUCUUUGCAGAUGUCCAUUUAUAAAGCAUCAACAACUCAAAGGAGCUGUCCUCAGAUUCAGACCUCAGCACCACCCAGUGACAGCAGACAGAUCAUCCUAUAUCUUCAAUCUUUGUAGUAACUCCAAAAUUAACUGAA